UGGAGAGCGGCGGCGCCCGGCGGCGAGGCGGGCGCUGCCGGCCGGGACUCGGGCAGCGCCCACCAGCCGCUCCGCCCCGGGACAGCCAGCAUGAGCAAGCCGGCCGGAUCAACAAGCCGUAUCUUAGAUAUCCCCUGUAAAGUGUGUGGCGACCGCAGCUCGGGGAAACACUACGGGGUGUACGCCUGCGACGGCUGCUCGGGGUUUUUCAAACGGAGCAUCCGGAGGAAUCGGACGUAUGUCUGCAAAUCUGGAAACCAGGGAGGCUGCCCCGUGGACAAGACGCACAGAAACCAGUGCAGGGCGUGUCGGCUGAAGAAGUGUUUGGAAGUCAACAUGAACAAAGACGCCGUGCAGCACGAGCGGGGCCCUCGGACGUCCACCAUUCGCAAGCAGGUGGCCCUCUACUUCCGUGGACACAAGGAGGAGAACGGGGCGGCGGCGCACUUCCCCUCCGCAGCGCUGCCCGCGCCCGCCUUCUUCACCGCAGUCACGCAGCUGGAGCCCCACGGCUUGGAGCUGGCCGCCGUGUCCGCCACCCCGGAGCGGCAGACUCUCGUGAGCCUGGCUCAGCCCACGCCCAAGUACCCCCAUGAAGUGAAUGGGACCCCAAUGUAUCUGUAUGAAGUGGCCACAGAGUCAGUGUGUGAAUCGGCUGCCAGGCUUCUGUUUAUGAGCAUCAAGUGGGCUAAGAGUGUACCGGCUUUCUCCACGCUAUCUUUGCAGGACCAGCUGAUGCUUUUGGAAGAUGCUUGGAGAGAACUGUUUGUUCUAGGAAUAGCACAAUGGGCCAUUCCGGUUGAUGCUAACACUCUACUGGCUGUAUCUGGCAUGAACGGUGACAACACAGAUUCCCAGAAGCUGAACAAGAUCAUAUCUGAAAUACAAGCUUUACAAGAGGUGGUGGCUCGGUUCAGACAACUCCGGUUAGAUGCUACCGAAUUUGCCUGUCUAAAAUGCAUCGUCACUUUCAAAGCUGUUCCUACACACAGUGGUUCUGAACUGAGAAGUUUCCGGAAUGCUGCUGCCAUCGCAGCCCUGCAAGACGAGGCCCAGCUAACCCUCAACAGCUACAUCCAUACCAGAUAUCCCACUCAACCCUGUCGCUUUGGAAAACUCCUGUUGCUUUUGCCAGCUUUACGUUCUAUUAGUCCGUCAACCAUAGAAGAAGUGUUCUUCAAAAAGACCAUCGGCAACGUGCCAAUUACAAGACUGCUCUCAGAUAUGUACAAAUCCAGUGAUAUCUAAGCUCCGGAGUCCUCGCUUUGCAGGAGGGGACAGUAUCUGAUGAACUUCUACCCACGGAGAACAAGCCUCAACUAACAAACCCUUCAGGAAGCAUAAAUCUGGGAAUGUGCAGCCUUUGGGGAGAAAAAAAAGAAAAGCCAAUUGACACGACACCGUUCCAGUCGCUUUGACCCGCUGCCUCACCCGGGGUAGGGCAGCCCGGAAGGAAGGGAGGCGGCAUGGGGCCACCUGGGCAGAGGGAACCCCCUGCUGCCCCGCCCGGGGAGGGGGGGCCCCGAAUCGGGGGUCUCCGCAGGCCGUGCCACUCUGCCUCUUACCUUGGAAGACCGGGCUGGACUCUCGAAAGCUGAAGCAUCGCUAGAACUUUCUUUUUCCCUUUUUAGCAUAUAAAGUUGGGUAACCAAAUAUAGCUCUGUGUAUAACAUCAUACGGCAGCCUUCAGAACUAUUUUAUGUUGGAGAAUUUAUUUUAAAAAAUAAUGGUUAGGUUUUAAAAUCAAAAGUUUUAUCAAAAGUUUUUCUUCUAUCGUAAUACAACAUGAAGUGGCCUUCAGAACUGAGUUAGCAAAAGGAAAGGUAGCUUAUGCCGUGAGACUUGCUUUUUCUCUCUCUCUUUUCUUUGCCUUUCCUCUUUCUUUUGUUCUCCUUCUCCUUCUUCCCCUCCUCCUCCUCUUCCUCCUCCUUCUUCUCUUCAACACCACAGGCCAGGCAACCUGGUCAAAGGAAUUGGUGGACGGAAUUGAGAUUCUCACCAGGACUUCAGGUUGGAUAACAUCUCAAAAAUAGAAGAGCUUUACUGAAAGAACACAAGGUGAGGGAGGAUGGAUUAAAGAAAAAAAACAGCAAAACCAAAUAAAAAAGUGGAGGUGAAGGAUGAGGCACAUCGCUGUCCCGUUAACCAAGUGCUGAAACCAAAGGCGCUGGGGGUCCAAACUCGUGUUUCAGCGAGUCACGCCAGAGUAAAUGAACAGAGACAUGAUGCCCCAAGGAACCACAAGGAGAUGAAGGCUAAAAGGUUUCUUGACUGAUCCAUUGCUAACGGCCUGAGACUCUUCAAUGCCUUUCAGAAAACUGGUUUCUAGUAAAGCCUUGAAUGCGCGCAUGCACACACACACACACACGCACGCACACACUCGCGCACACACACACCGUCCUACACUAUAAGCUGCUCCUCUGGUAUGAAUCUAUACUUAUGGAAAUGUAGAAACAAACAUUUAAAAAUAGCUGCUGUACUUUUCACAUUUUUGAUUUAUUAGGUACUAGCACUGAGGAAAAAUAUUCAGCACUUGGACUAUCAUAGGAUGAGUAAAACUUUUCUUGUACAAAGUGAAUUAACUGAUUUGUGAAGUUAAAAGGUUGUACUCAUUGUAUUUACAAAGAAUAAAAAUAUAUUGGAUUUAAA